AUGACCUCCAUAGGUACUGGGUAUGACCUCCAAAAUUCCGUCUUCUCACCAGAUGGCCGAAACUUCCAGGCCGAAUAUGCUGUCAAAGCUGUAGAAAAUGGUGGUACAUGCAUAGGCAUACGAUGCAAAGAUGGCGUGGUCCUCGCAACCGAGAAAAUAAUAACCAGCAAGCUCUUAAAGGCAGGCGCAAAUAGAAGGAUAGCAACCGUAGAUCGGAACAUUGGUGUUGUGUCCGCGGGCUUGAUUCCAGACGGCAGGCAUUUCGUAUCAAGAGCAAGAGAUGAAGCGUCAUCGUGGCGGUCGACCUACAAGGCACCCAUACCGGUGAAAGCGCUAGCAGGGCGACUGGGUAGCUACGUGCAGGCCUACACGCUGUAUUCAAGUGUGCGGCCUUUCGGAGUCACAGCAAUAGUCGGCGGCUGGGAUUCAGAGGCAGAAAUUGGAGUCGAUGCGCAAGUGGGGAGUGGUCCGAGCACUGGUCCUGGGGGCAGAGAAGAAGGAGCUCGAAGAGGCGGACCGGGCUUAUACAUGAUUGAGCCUAGUGGUCUCUACUGGGGCUACUACGGCGCAGCGACUGGUAAAGGGCGACAAGCAGCAAAGGCUGAAUUGGAAAAGCUCGACCUGGCCUCAGGUAUGCUAGAUUUGGAGGCAGGAGUUAAGGAAGCUGCUCGAAUUAUAUAUGUUGCGCACGAGGACAGCAAAGACAAAGAAUUUGAGUUGGAGCUCUCAUGGGUGAGCUCGUUAAAGGGACCCACGAAAGGUAGACAUGAGCCGGUACCCAAGGAGCUGGUGGAGGAAGCUGAACGAUUAGCGAAGAAGGCUAUGGAAGGUGAAGACGAAGAGGAAACGGGAGCUGGAGAGGGAGAGAAGAUGGAAGAGUGA